GCACACAGAGCAGGCGGUGGGGAGGGAGGGGAUGCGGGAUGCGGGCAGGGCGCUCCCAGGAAUGUCCCGCUCCCCCCGCGGGUGCCGGGUCAGCUUUCACGGGGGCCGAUCACAAACUUCCCCUCGGCUCUCCGCACUCGCUGCCUGAGCUCAGGCGCGGGCUGGAGGAGGCCGGGCGCUCUCGCAUUCCUCGGGAAAACGCCUUCAGUGGGAUGAGAGCGCUUCUCCGUGCCGGGAGCCGCGGCCGAGCACGGGCGCCGGGCAGCCGCGUUCCCGCUGCUCUCCCCCGGAGCAGCCGCCCCGCCGGGCAUGGUCCUCGCCCCUGAGGCCGCGAUGUCUCAGUACUCCCCCGGCUUCCUGCUGCUGCCCAUCCCCGAGUACCCCGCGCUGGACUGCGCUCCCAACAAGAUCCUCAAGCUGGUGGUGCUGGGCGGCAGCAGCGUGGGCAAGACAGCCCUGGUCGUGCGCUUCCUCACAAAGAGAUUUAUUGGGGACUACGAGGCCAACACUGGUGCUUUGUAUUCCAGGAAGUUCACCAUAGAUGGGGAGCAGAUCUCUCUGCAGGUGCAGGACACUCCCUUUGUCUCACUGGAGGAGGACACGGACAGCAUCUGCUGCCAGGAGCAGAUAAACCGCUCCAUCUACUGGGCCGACGGCUUCGUGUUCGUCUACUCCAUCACGGACUACGAGAGCUUCCGCCUGCUGCGCCCGCUGCACCAGCACAUCCGCAGGAUCCACCCCAACGCCAACAUCCCGCUGCUGCUGAUGGCCAACAAGGGCGACCUGCUGCGGGCCCGGCAGGUGUCCUCCAAGGAGGGGCUGCAGCUGGCCGUGGAGCUGGGCGGGACGCACUGCGAGGUGUCGGCGCGGGAGAGCUGCGAGGGCGUGCGCGACGCCUUCCAGCAGCUGUGCCAGGAGCUCAGCAGGAGCGGCGGCGGCUGCAACGGGGAGAAGAGGAGAGGGCUCCACCUCGUGCGGCCCAAGUCCCCCAACAUGCAGGACUUGAAGAGGCGCCUCAAGCAGGCGCUGACUUCCAAAGGCAAAUCUGCCACUGCGCUUUGAUGCGGCCGCGCAGGAAUUGCCUUCCAGAGCCCUGGAUAAAAACGCAGCAAGCUGGGGGAAAGGGGGCAUCAAUUCAGCCCUCAUGUGGUGUGGGAGACUCUUCUGUUUUGUCUUCACAUCUUUCUCAAAAAGCCCCUGCUCGUUCAGCAAAGGAACUUGCAGAAUUUGCUCUCCGGUGCAAAUAUUUUGAAACUGUGGUUUGAAAAAAGGACAUCGUCCCAAAUUAUUUCUUUUUUUCUUUUUUUUUUUUUUUUUUUGGCAAGGGAUGCAGUCAAAAAUCUUGGUGUUAAAAAGUGGGUUUUGUUAAUGAGAAAAAUGAAAUCCUGCUUUUAAGAGAUGUGACUUCCCUUGGGAAUGGUUGUGUUCCCAAACACAGCAGGGCAUGAGGAGAGUGAUGGGAGCUGUACUGAGCAAGAAAAAUGGACCAGAUCUGCUUCAUCAAGACUGGAAAAUAAAUGAAUUAAUUCAUUUAAAUGAAGAGCAUAAAUAGUGAAAAGUAUUAACUGAAGGAAAGAGUUCUGAGCAAUGGGGAGAGAUCUGUUCAUAUGGAAACUUAAGCCUUAGAGUGUCUCUUGAAAGGGAGAUUUUUUUAAAAAAUCACUAUUUUUUCAGAUUAUUUUUGUUUAAAAGCACAGUGACUGCCUUGAAAGUGAUUAUUUGGGAAAAAUACAAACUUGUGCAGUGUUUUCUAGUCAGUUUCUCCACAACAUUUCUCAUUUUUCUGAAGGUUUCUUACAUGGUAAAAGGGAAAAAUCCAUCAGGGUGGUUUAAAACUUGACUGCAUUGAUCAAGAGCAAGGAGAUCACCUAAAACUCUUUUCUUUUCCUCAACUAGUUAGACUUCAAGUUCAAAAUGCUUUUAAAGAAACAAAGCCUUCACGCAAAACAUAUUUACAUCACUAGGUUGUCCGGGGGAUUUUUAAGAAGAAAAGGUUUUAUAAUGCCUGAAAUUUUUGGCUUUGGGAAUUCAUUAUUUUGUUGUUUGAGUUAAACCCAGGCUUCCCUGAACAGCUCCCAGAGCAUCCCAGCCUGUCAGGACAUAGCCCAGGGAAUGGUUGUGCCUCAGCACGUCCCAGGAUUUGGGGUGUGUCCCAUAAACUGAUUUAUGGAACCAACAGCAACCACAGAGCUCCAGCGCUCUCUUCUCACUGAGAGUGGGGAGGAGCAGGCCUGGACCAUGUAAAAUUCAUCCUGCACAAGCCUCUUCUUCCAACAGAGCAAUUCAAGGACCAUGGAAUGGAGUCAAGCUCAGUGAUUUAUACUCAGGGACACUGGAGGGAAACCCAAGUUUGAUGGAUAUGGAAAAACACUCCCAGAUGUUUCAUCUGGCAGGACUGAGCUAAAUCAACUUUUUUCCUCAUUAGGAGCAGCAAAAAUGUAAAUGGAGUCUGAUGAAUAUUUGUAUAGCUCAGGGCUUUUCAAUGUACUUUGUGUUUUUCACUUUCCUAUUUUAGACAGCUCUAGCCAUGAUUUUAUCACCUGGAUUUGCCUUAUCUGCAGCUCACUUUCUGUUUUAUUUAUUGUUUUCCACAGCUGCUCAUCUGCGAAUGUCUUGUGUUCUGAUUCAUUUAAGAGUUUUUCAUUCCCACAAAUGACCUGCAUCUGUUUUUAAAUUCAGUUUCAAGUGGUAGUAGGAAGGGAAAAGUUGGAUCAUUCAAAAAGGGACUCAAAUUAUAUUAGGGAAUUUUCACUUUGGUUUAUGCUUAAUUAACAAUUUGGUGUUUGAGCAGUGUCAAUAAUCAUCCCAGGCACUUUGGUAUUUAUGGCAUGGAAUUUCAAUGUUUGAAAUUAAUAAUAGCACAGCUCAAAUAUUGAAUGUGAAAUUCAAUAGCUCAAAUAUUGAAUCUAGAAAUUCAAUGGCUCAAAUAUUGAGUCUAAAGAUUCAAUAAUAAGAAAUCGAGCAGUUUGCAAGACACACAGAAACUGAAUUAUUUUUGUGUUGGAAAAGUGAUCACCAAUUUUGAAUAACAAUUAACAAUUUUGCCACUCCAGUGCUGUAUAACAAGGGCUAAUUUUGCUGCAGAUGAUUUACUGACAUUGGUUUUAAAGAAAACCUAAGAGAAUUUGUGCUCCAGCUUGGCAGAUUUGUUUGCAGCUUCCUUCAGCUCAAACUCUUUCAGAUUUGAGAGGAAAUGUCACCAAAAUUCAAACCUCUCAAUGUUUUAGUUUCGUUAGUGAUUAAUAAAAAGAUGCAAGGUC